AUGGCUCGGCGCCGUAAAAUUGAUCCGAGAGAAGCUGAAGAACGUCGUUAUCUAAUUCGGCAAAACAAGAAACUCUUAAAUCAGUUAUAUGAAUCUGCAAAAAAAAUAGAGCGUCUGGAAGGCACAAAGAUUGAGCUUAAAGAGCAGUUGGAACUUCUAGAUUUUCAAAUGAUGGAGCUUGAAAACCAUAAAUCUAUGCUUGAAGAAGAACUAAAGCAACGUCCUGCUCAGCAAAGCAGCGAGGUACAAACAGAGGAUAUUGAGCAAUCUGCAAUUACAACAGAACUUUUACGCGAAGAGGCUUCUGCUCUCCGUGUUGAAUUGACUGGCCAAAAAGCACUCGUUUCUGCAGCCAACGCUCGUCACUCUCAUAUGGAAAAUCUUCUACAUGAUUUAAGGCGAGAUAAUAUUGAUCUCCGGGAGCAGCUCGCUGCCUUACAGCAAAGGCAGUUGGAUACUGACGGUGACGUUGGAGAAGACAACUCAUUGACAGAGAGUGACAAACAUUUACGUUGUGCCAGACUUCAUGAACUCAUG